UAAUGGAAUCUCUCGUUAUCGACAUAAUCUUCUUCUUGUACCUGGUCUACAUGGAUGUGAAGUUAAGAGCAAGAAACAUGGGCCUCGUCAGCAUGAAGCACACGAUUCGUCAAAGGCCCAUAUUAAAAGGAAACGACGUCAUUUUCUUAUUCAUUGCUAAACAAAGAAAGCAUUGUGAACAGCUGCCAAUUGCCAAACUAAGGAGGGAAGUCCCAUACUUGACCAUGCUUCGUCCGUCUGCACUAACCGUUAUUGCACGCAUGCUGCUCCUUUUAUUGAGCGCCAUUCGCUUCUUCAGUCUAUUUAUUAUGCCUUCACGGCUGCGUUUGACGUUUUGCAUCUGGUUCCGAGCUUCGAGUUGUCUGUCAAAUUUCGAUUCAGGACGGAACACAAAGUCCAUUGAUAUCGUUGUUGGUACUUUCGCUCUUUCUACUACUCUUCUACUAGCUGCUAGCUUGGGUUUUGUCUUCUUAGAGAAGUCAACAUCCACAUCAAAGUCUCUAGCUUUUGUCGUCUGUGACACCUUAAGAGCUUUUGCCUUGUUCUGUCUUGCUAAAAACACUCGAUGUUGCUCUUCGCGUUCCUCCUCAGUAAACAUCUCCUCGUAUCUCGUGCUCUUGUUGAACAUUAUGACCUUCCCGAGACCACUCUUGACCAACUGUUCCUUUCUACACUCUUGUUUAUCUAUCAAGUUGCAUAACUCGUUGAGAAUCGUCAAGAUAGCUGUGCGGAUGUUUAUGUUGGGCAAGCUACCAUCAGGAAGCGGCUCGAGCCAGUUCUUGAGAAGAAUUAGCCCUAGGCUCCACGAAAUCAUCAAGAUUCUCUUCGCCUUCAUCUACAAGUUCAGGAACAGAAACCCGCUUUUGAUCGAUUUGGGAGCAAACGCGUUCGGUAUCGACUUUCAUCCAUCGAAGAAUCUAGUGGCCGCUGGUCUCAUCGAUGGCCACUUGCAUCUAUACCGAUACGACACCGAUUCUACAAUUUUCAGGGAGCGUAAAGUUCGUGCCCAUAAGGAGUCUUGCAGAGCUGUUCGGUUCAUUGACGAUGGCCAAAGAAUCGUCACAGCUUCAGCAGAUUGCUCUAUUCUAGCUACCGAUGUAGAGACUGGUGCUACUGUUGCACGUCUUGAGAAUGCUCACGAGGAUGCGGUUAAUACUUUGAUCACUGUUACGGAGACAACAAUCGCUUCAGGGGAUGAUAAAGGCUGCGUUAAGAUUUGGGAUACGAGACAGCGCUCUUGCUCUCACGAGUUUAAUGUACAUGAGGAUUACAUUUCCGACAUGACCUUUGCAUCUGAUUCAAUGAAGCUAGUGGCAACAAGUGGAGAUGGGACUCUCUCCGUCUGUAAUCUCAGAUCGAACAAAAUCCAAUCUCAGUCUGAGUUUUCUGAAGACGAACUACUCUCUGUAGUUAUAAUGAAGAAUGGCCGUAAAGUUAUCUGUGGAACUCAGAAUGGUAUUCUCAUGUUGUAUUCAUGGGGAUUUUUCAAGGAUUGCAGACUUAUCACUGGAUGUGAUACUGGAAUACUUAGCCUCGUUGGAAUACUGCCCAACAGAAUCAUACAGCCUAUUGGGUCUCACGAGUUCCCUAUCGAAGAUCUCGCUCUCUCGCAUGAUAAAAAGUUUCUCGGUAGCACAGCUCAUGAUAGUAUGCUGAAGUUGUGGGAUCUAGAACAGAUUCUAGAAGGUUCUAAUGAAAACGCAUCGGGAGCUGCAGAAGAUAGUGACAGCGACAACGAUGGGAUGGAUAUGGACGAUGAUCCUCCCAAGCCUUCCAAAGGUACGAAGAGGAAAACAAAAAGUAAAUCAAAUCCGGUGGACGAUAGAGUUAGUUUCUUCGCAGACAUA